AUGACACUAGCAAUAUCUGAACGCAGUUUCCAAGCGAUAGGAUAUGAAUUAUCAACAAAUCUAGCUGAAUUACCAAUCGAUUUACAUUGUCGUCUUGCCAGCGCUUUAAAUUUUCAAACUGUAUGGAUGAAAAUAAUUGGCGACUCGACAAGCAGUCCAUUCAGUUUAGAAUAUCGAGCUGGGAAAAAAGGUCAAAUGAUAGUAGGGAGGAUACGCAGCGCGUUUCGUCCAAAAGUAAAGAAAAAGGGUGUUUCGGAAUAUGAUCGUAUUUUACGAACCAAGAAUCAAGGAUCGUCACUUUUAUACUUAUGGGGCAAUCGUGGACAGACUAUAAAACUCUUGCUGCGAAGGCUUCAAUCAUUUUCUAAAAUGCAUGGGACAUGUAUGGAUGGACCUCAAUUGGCAUUAAGACGCAAAUUCGUGCCGGUAACGUGGUCGGCUAAAGAACAGGUCACGAUUAGAGUGAUGGGUACUGAUAACUGCAUGCUGCAGCUUUUUUGCCAUGCUCGUGGUUUUCCUUGGCCUCAUUUCCAGUGGAUGGAAAAUGAUGAGGAUAUAGACGGUUCGAACGGAAAAGCACUUGUUAUUUCCAAAUGCAGAUGUCGAAGAGGAUUGAUGUACAGAUGUAGAAUAUGGAAUGAAAUUGAAGACGGCUUCGAAUAUUCGACAUUUUACCGGAAACCAGGCAAAUCAUUUCACUCAAAAUUAACGACGGAUCCAGUGGACUUGUCAUUAUUCAUAAGUGCCGAUGUGAAAGCUCAAAAUUUAAAAUGGGCAUUGUCUUCAUGCGUGAAUGAUUUUGCAUGGUUUUGUGUUGCAGCAGACUCCUGCGAGCGAUGUGCCAAAUAUAACGAUUUGACUUUAUCAACUGAUUUCUGCAGAACUAAGCAAAACGAAGGCGAUAUAGGCGGUUGGAACGCAGAACUAAUCGCUACAGAUAAAGUUGCAUUAAUUAUAAGCAACUGUAACUACACCAAUUUACCGAGCUUGGUCACACCUCACUGUGAUGCCGAAAUGUUUGCAGAGUCCUUGCAAAAUCUUGGUUUCAAAACUGUUGCUCUUGGAGAUUUAAAUCUUGCUGAAAUGCACUUCUUUAUCACAGAAUAUCGCAAACUUCUUGGUGAUGGAGUAUAUGCUGUGUUUUACUUUGUUGGUCAUGGUUUUGAAAGAAAUGGAAAAAAUUAUCUACUGGCGGUAGAUGCACCAGCUGUUGACUGCAGAAUGGCUGAUUGUGUUUCUGUUGAAUGGAUUCUCUCAGUUUUCGAAGAUUCACAUCCAGCUUUAAAUCUAAUACUUCUCGAUGUUUGUCGAAAAAAUGUGAAAUGCACUGACACUUUGGGAUGUUUCGAUGAAGCAGAUACCAAGGAAAUACCAAAGAUAGCGCGCAAUAUUGUUUGUGGAUAUGCAACUAGCAGUGGGGUUAGUGCUUUUGAAGUUCGUGGAGAAAAGAAUGGUAUCUUCAUGAAGCAUUUGUUGCAGCAUAUAGCUGAUGAAACAACAGUUCUUGAAAUGUUAACAAAGACAUUCCAGGAAGUCUCAAAUGAUACUAGGAUUUGUGAUGUGCAGAUUCCGGAACUAAAGUCAAAUUUGAUCUUACCUCGUGGAUUACGAGAUCCACUUGUUUGCCAUGGUCAUACGACAUCUUUCAAUUGUCAUACUUUCUACUGGCGUUAUAUGCAUGAGUUGCCGAAUCCGAUAAAUGUACGAUUUAUGGAUCAAAAUAUGCUUGUUAUGAUUUGGUACGACUACGUUGGACAUUUCACAAACAAAGUGUACAUAUUUAGUAGUGUUAGUGAUCUAUCUGCUGAAAACAAUACGGAAAGUUUGAAACCAUUGCCUACCAAAUUUUCAUAUAUUGCACAUUUACGUUUUUCCAAGCAUGUCGAUGUAUCGACAGAAAGAAUAAUAGAAGAUGAUGACGAUGGUAUUUCAGUAUGUGUAAUGCUAUCAAAUUUGCAGCGCUUUAAAGGAACUAUAUCGUGCUCGAUAGAUCUUGCAACUCGCAAAGAUAAUGUAGUGAUAGCGUCGAAAAAUAAUUUGUCACUAGGUGAUAUAUUGGUUACAAGGAUUUAUAGGAGUGAUGGCGGUUCUCAAGCUAAGUUACCGGAUGAUCUGGAAACAGCACGAGCGAUCAUCGAAAGCUUAACACGACAGUUAAAGGUGAUUCAUGACGAUGUAACAUCGAAUUUGCUGCUUCUCCAGAAACGAAUCCAACACACUCAUCAGAGGACACAAGAUGCCAUGCGCAUGCUUGAAGAUCGACUGGACAAUAUUGAAGCAACCUGGACCAAGGAAUUAGAGGACCAGCACAAACGCUGGCUCGAUAAAUAUAAUCGAUUAGUGAGAGAGGCGGAAAAUACUUGUCCGUUAAAGAAAGUAUCAUCCAAAGCUUCAGUAAAACAUAGUAUUGAGAAUGUAAAAAUUUCAAAGCAACAACUUGAAAGUCUUAAUCGUCGUGUUAAGAAGGUCAAUGAAGGAAUCGGUGAAUUGGAAAAAGUCGUAGAUUGCACAAAAAACUUUGAUGAGAAGCUGCGUCUCGACAAACAGAAGAUCAGGGAUAUUGAUGCUCGAGUAAUGAUUGAACUCUUUAUUGAAGGAAAAAAACCACCGAAAUAUCUGUUGAAUGCGUUAACAAAGAAAGAGCAGAAGUUAAAUAUUGAACUCACCAAACAAAUGAAUAUUCAUUUUCGCAAACCUUUCCUUCAAAUGACAGAUGAACGAUCCGAGAAAAGUCUUUAUGGUGUUUGUGAAGUAAUCGAUGGCUACAAAAAAACGAUUGAAAAUUUGGAUGAAGCACUGCGAACACUGGAACAAAUUAAGAGUGCACCAGCAAUGAAAAGUAUUAAAAGUCCAAUUCAAAGUACACCAUCGGUGGAUGAAAUUGAUGAAAUUACCAUUCUUAUGAAACGUUUCCUCGCUAAACUUCAUGUUCAGCUGGAAUCAGUUCAUUUACAUGGCAACCAAAAAUCAAGCACUCAGGUAGGUAUUGAUAAGAAUGCAUUGUUGAUGAGCAAUAACAGUGAUUUUAAAUCAGGAAAGUCGAAGGAGAUAACGACUAGCACGUCACCAAAUCGUGGUACCACUUCUGGUUUUGACCCAACUCCACUCAAUACUUCACAAUCCGUACCGACUGGAUCGCCAACUUCGUCCGCACAUUCGCAGUUUAUGGUUUUGAAAUCGGAAGUUGGAAGGGAAGGAAUGAUUACAGCUAAAGAAAAGUCAGAACAAAUCCUAAGCGACAAAAAGAAAUAG